AUGAGGGCCGUUGCGCGUUCCUUGAAAAUAGGAAACGUUUUUGUUCGCGCGUCGGUGUCACGAUUCUCAUCCGCCAGCGACUCAUCAGGUCAGAGCACCUCUUCUGGUUCUGUAGAUGAAUUUGAUGAAUUUGUUGAGAGCAUCGGAAGGGAUGGUCUCACAUUCUCUCGUAUGCUGAGGCAGUCAAAGUUCGUACAACUCGGCGAUUUCAACGGACGAUUGGUGACAGGUCGCAUCGUGCACCGUGUUCAGGAUGAUCUCUACAUCGAUUUUGGCCUAAAGUUCAACGCCGUGUGCAAGGCUCCUCCAGUGAACUCUGAGGCAUACCGAGAAGGGGCAACCGUGCUGCUCCGAUUACACGAUCCUGAACUGAGCGAGCGAUUCUUAGGAUCAAAGCAUGACUUAACUUUGCUAGAAGCGGAUGCAACGUUAGUGAGACUACUACGUCCCGCUUCCGGUAGAGGAAGUGAUAGGGUCAGAGCUGCUAAGAGCGAACCUACAACAGACAGUCCGACUGCAGAUGCGCUGUCUACAACGGCCUAAUUUGAUAGAACGUACGUCAGGUCCAUUUCUAGAUAUUAUUUUCACUCGUUUUGAU